UCACAUAACCAACAACUCACCGAAUACAGAAGCAAGAGAUCGUAACCACAGAUAAGGAUGAAAGGGGUUCCUAAUUACCUUGUAGCUUUGGCACUCAUGGCUUUGGCAUGCUCCCUUGCCUCUGCCUUUGACCCUUCUCCUCUGCAAGACUUUUGCGUUUCAACUAACAGUUCCCUCGAUGGUGUAUUUGUGAAUGGAAAGUUCUGCAAGGACCCAAAGCUUGUCACUCCCAAUGAUUUCCUCUUUUCAGGACUAAACAUUCCUGGAAACACUGAAAAUCAACUAGGGUUGGCUGUCAUUGGUGUGGGUGUGGACCAAUUAUUUGGCCUCAAUACACUAGGUAUAUCCUUAGCUCGUGUAGACAUUGCACCAUACGGCGUAAAUCCACCCCAUACUCAUCCUCGUGCCACAGAAAUUUUCUUAGUCGUAGAGGGUACUCUGUUAGCUGGCUUUGUCUCAUCCAGCCCGGAUAACCGCCUUUUCGCCAAAAUUCUAAAUCCGGGAGACUUAUUUAUCUUCCCAUUUGGUCUCAUUCACUUCCAGAUUAAUGUAGGAAAGACCAAUGCUGUUGCUUUUGCUAGUUUUAGUAGCCAGAAUCCUGGGCUCAUCACUAUAGCAAAUAAUGUUUUUGGAUCCAAUCCUCCUAUUAAUCCGGAUGUUCUCGUCAAGGCCUUCCAAUUGGACAAGAAUGUGGUUGAGUCUCUUCAGAAAAAAUUCAGUACUUAGCGAACUAUAUAUAUGUAGUAGCCAUGAUGAACCAAUUGAUGGUUUGAAUAAGUUUGACAUGUUUCCCUUGUUGUAACAUCGUGGCAAUAUGUAAUUAUAAUGAAAUAAAAUGGCUGCUUAUGUACUCUCA